AGACCGGCAGAUUAGCUCAGCACACCCAGCAUUGAGGACACGGUGAACGGAGCUCCGGCUCAGAAUACUAUCCCGCUCUCCUUAAGCGUUCUUAUUUCAAAGCCCGGGAUUUAAGCGACUCGCUUCCGUCGUAGUUGUGUGCUUUUUAUCCAGCCCUAAAGGAAUGCCAAGAGAGCUCACCCAGAACAGGAUCCAAAAGAUCUGGGUUCCCACCAAGGAUGACAAGCGAAGAGGCACCGGAGCCCCACACUUCGCCAACCCCCCAACCGUCAUCGUGAUGGUGGGACUGCCUGCUCGAGGAAAGACGUACAUUUCCAAGAAACUGACCCGCUACCUCAACUGGAUCGGCAUACCCACCAAAGUCUUCAACGUUGGGGAGUACCGCAGGGAGGCCGUCAGAAAUUACAGCUCCUAUGACUUCUUCAAGCCCGACAACGAGUCUGCCGUGAAAAUCAGGCAGCAAUGUGCCUUAGCAGCUUUGAGAGAUGUCGAGGCCUACCUGAAGGAUGAGGGAGGCCAAGUGGCGGUGUUUGACGCCACGAACACGACGAGAGAUCGACGGGAUCUGAUCCUAAAGUUUGGCAGCGAGAAUGACUUUAAGAUCUUCUUCAUUGAGUCUGUCUGUGAGGAUCCCAGUGUGAUUGCGUCAAACAUAAUGGAAGUGAAGGUGUCCUGUCCAGACUACAAGGACUGUAACAAAACCGAAGCCAUGAUGGACUUCCAGAAACGGAUUGAAUGUUACAGAACCAGCUACCAGCCUCUGGAUCCGGACCAGUACGACAGGGAUCACUCCUUCAUCAAGGUGAUCGAUGUGGGCCGCCGUUUCCUCGUCAACCGCAUCCAAGAUCACAUUCAGAGCAAAAUCGUCUACUACCUGAUGAACAUCCAUGUCCAGCCGCGCACCAUCUACCUGUGUCGACACGGAGAGAGCAAAGACAACCUGGAGGGCCGACUGGGAGGCGACUCGGGCCUGUCGCAGCGGGGCCGACAGUUUUCAGCCGCUUUGGCUCGGUUCGUUGAUGAGCAGCAGCUGAAGGACAUGAAGGUGUGGACCAGCCAGCUGUGCCGCAGCAUCCAGACCGCCGAGCACCUGGGGGUCCCAUACGAGCAAUGGAAGGCGCUCAACGAGCUCGACGCUGGUUUGUGUGAGGAUAUGACGUAUGAUGAAGUGAAGGAAAAAUUCCCUGAAGAGUUUGCACUGAGAGACGAAGACAAGUACUACUACCGCUACCCAGCCGGAGAGUCAUACCAGGACCUGGUGCAGCGGGUGGAGCCGGUCAUCAUGGAGCUGGAGAGGCAGGAGAACGUGCUGGUGGUCUGCCAUCAGGCCGUGAUGCGAUGUCUGCUUGCCUACUUCCUUGAUAAGAGUGCAGAUGAGAUGCCGUACCUGAAGUGUCCCCUCCACACGGUCCUGAAGCUGACCCCGGUGGCCUACGGCUGUAAGGUGGAGUCCAUCUCCCUGAACGUGGAGGCGGUGAACACGCACAGAGACAGACCUGAGGAAGUGAAGCGGGGUCCCGGCACCCUGAUCAGGAGGAACAGCGUGACCCCCCUGACCAGCCCGGAGUCCCAUAUCAAGAAGCCUCGCAUUGAGGACCUGGACGAGGCCCCCAUCCAGGAGCUGCCCGGCUCCGUAGCGUCGCUGGCCCUCUGCACCUCCACUCACAUUCCCCUGGCUCUGGCCGGACAGCAAUGGCUGGGCAAAGUUUGCCUACGCACCAUCCUCCAUUACCUAAAGGUGGUUUUCCAUCUUAGCUUUCAAAGAACCUGAGAAGCUCCUCUGUCUGUCAUGACAUCCUGCUGCCCUGCUAGUGGACGGCGUGGGCGAGUCACAGCGACACAAUCUGCUACAUCUUUAUCACUUCAAAUGGGAUUUCUUUUUUUUAAUUUUUCACGAGAAUUUUGGAAAAAUGGAGUUUCCUGUUGGCUCACCAGUCCGGAUAUCGGUUCAUUUCAGACCAAAGACUAAAAUCACUAACGGGAGGUUUUAAUAUUAUCCCCCACCCUUUUCUUUGCAUCGUAACGAUGAAUCCUCUGUAUGCUGACAUGUUUCAAACAAAGCAACGUUUUGCACAGCGGUGACUUUUUUUUUUUUUUUUCUUCUUCUUCUUCUUGGGUUUGGUUUUGCCGUAGAGUGCCUGUAGCGCUUGCUUUCUGCAAGCCCCAAGCAGCUUCUCUUUUCUCCACACUCAACUGCUCAAAGAGAGGGAAAACAUUUCACCUAAUAACUCUACAUAUCAUUUCAAUGUGCUACUUUGUCUAGUAUUGAGUUUUUUUUUUUUUUUUUUUUUUUGUAGUUUCAUUACCACAUUGCAUAUUGUUUAUGGAACAUUAUUUAAAUUUGUUUUGCUGUCAUUGACUGCUAUGCACAAAAUGAAGCACCUAUUUUUGUUACACUGCGUGCUGUUAAUAAUAUCUCUGUAAAUGUUAGUGUACAUAUGGAGAAACUGGAUUGGGAUGUGACUGGAGUCAUGGUUGGGGGGGGAGGGGGGGUCAUUUUUUUGUACUAUGUUUGACUGAGCAAAGAAGCUGAUCAUUUUCUCAGUUAAUAUUUUGUUAACAUGUCUGCUUGACAAACUUGAAUUUUCUUUUUGUAAUAUUCUGUAUAUUUAUGUAGUUUUUGAACGGCUAAAGCGAGAGGCGUCUUGUGCACAUGUUCAGAUUUUUUUUUUUUUUUUGUUGCAUCUGGAACAAUAAAUUCACUUGACGAAAA